CUGAGAGUGAAAAAGAAGGACAGAAAAAAGAGAGAUCGAGGAAGAGCGAGAGGGGCAGGGUUUAACCAUCAUAUAAAGAAGACACUGCACAUAGAAUGAAAGAGAAAGCGCGCGCGAGAGAGAGGUGGCUAUACUAAAAAUAAGGAGAAUUGCAAACAAUUUGAUAUAAAGUGCUAAAUAUACCCUGAAAAUUGUGGGAGGGGCCUGAUGAGAAAAAACAACAACAACGACAUCAACGAAGGUUUUGGCACCAGCAGACAUGACUCUGUGAAGAGACUGGGGAAGUAACGGAGAGAUGGAUCAAUCAUCACAUGCAAACUAUUCUUGUGUAACACUACAGCAAUAAAAUAUGCUUGCUGGAUUAGCAAACUAACAAGGGCUGUACGCUGUGCUAAAAGUAUCGAGUCGUUGAACCCCAGACAAGCUGGCCCCUAGUUAAAGCAGGUUCUGACAGUGGCAGUCACCAUGGAGGGGAGGGAUUGGCAAUCUAAUGAAGAGAGAGGUGAUGUUGAAUCCCCCGCAGGACAUUCAGCCACUGCAGGAGGCACAGCGUCCACAUGGAGGAAUGGUCAGGUUGUGGUAGCGGUGCCCACAUCCUCUUGGUUGGCUCCCAUGUUUGACUUUUCACAUGGCAAGACUCUUCUGGAGAAAAAAGGCUUCCAGAUUACUGUAGAGGAUUUUGAGGGUCCACUUCAUACAGCACUGGACUACCCGUCCGUCAGAAGAUACCUGCUUUUCAACUCAUCCUUUUUUUAUUUCAUCAUGGCACCUGUCUUGUAUCUGGUGCUUUGGUUUGCUGUGUACUCAAGCCUUCACAUGUACCUUGAAGGCAGCACAACAAACUUCUGGGUGCUUUGUCUGUGUGUCAGUCUUGUGGUCAUAAUCUUCACCACCAUCAUCAUCCUCAUCUUCCACUACAGCAACAAAGAGAUAAACAUGAACACAGACGUGCGGUUAGUGGGGGUAAAUGAGCGGAUGGUCAGACACAAGCUACUGUUGGGAGUGGCCGACUGGGUGCAUAAAGGCAAAGGAAAACUGCAACUGUUCUGUGUGUACUGGGAAUUGUCCCCAUGUCUUAGAUCUCUGACUGAAGCUCUGGAGGACAGGAUUGUUGUCAGAGAUCAAGUACAGAACAGAAUCAAGAAAAGAAUGUCGCAUCUAGUUCUAGUGACUGAGGUCACGACCCUGGAUCCUGAGGCUGGAUUAGUGGAUGAGGAGGCUCCUGAGGAAGAGCGACCACUGUUGGUGGGGGAAAGAGCGCAAAGUGAAUCAACCAUUCAAAGAGAAGACUCUAAACUUACAAAAAACUUUAGUCUAAUACCCAAUUCUUCCCUCUCAUAUCAGGCCAUGGCUCAGCAGCUCCUGAUGACCUACAGUGCACUUUAUGUCAGAUUGCUGGUAUCUAACAAGCUUCCUGUAUCUUCACAUUGUCCUUUAGGUGCAGGGAAAAAUCAUUCCACAGGGUUUCUAUGUCUCUGUGAGUAUGUAGGGUUAAAGGUCCUGCAGUAGAUGGUACCAAGACAAUCAAAUUUCACAUUUCAAAGUAUUAAUCAUCCAACUUUUUGAGAUGAUAGUUUGCUGUCAACUAUAAUAUAGUCAAUUAUUUUUCUUGCUGCUUUUGAAAUUGUUAUAAUUUCAGCUGUCUAAAGAAAUAUUGUUUUUGGUUUCCUGUCUUGCUGUGGUCAUUUACAAGAUUAGGAUUUACAUCAUGUCCUAACCAGCUGCAACACAAAAUUCUUCUGUCUGUUAUGUUGCCCUGUAUUGCCCCAACCACAUGGUAUAACAACAUGCUACUUACUAAUUUUCAUAUAUAUCGUGAAAAUUACAUUUACACUCCACUGACUGUUAGGUUUAGCAUUGGGGUUUGGGUUAGGAGAUAGGGCUAAUGUAAUAUGCAUUCCUUUUGACUGUAUUACAUCAUUUACAACUAAAAAUACAGCUUGCUUUUAGCGCCAGUGGCUAUUUCACUUCAACAACAAUUCCAGCUUCAGCCACCAGGGACAGUGGUUCAGAUUUCGGUGAGCGCAGACCGAUUUCAUCUGCUGAAAUUUCAACCUACAGAUGCUGAAUUCACAGUGUGAUCAACCUGCCCAAUUAAAUAUUGUUGGUCAACAGUCUUGCUCCACUUAGUAGUAUAUUUAGUAUUUUCUAUUUAUUUUUUACUAAAGACCUACUGUGGUUCUUUAUGUGAUUCUGAUUUAUGCCAUAUGGUAACCAGGUACAACGCGAUAAAGCAGCAACCAAUAAAACCUUAAAGUCAGCAAUAUUUGUAGCCCAUUUUA